CAGCCAUACAUAACGGUCCUAACAGGCGCACGCAAAAUACAAUCCCUCCGCCACAAAAUGCUGGUCGUCCCGCCUCAACCGCUGCCGUUAUUCGCCGCCAAUUCACUCUCCGACGGCUCCUUCCGCUGUGUAUUCCGGAGGAGCAAGGUUAAUUCCAGCUCCAGUCGCUUAGCACCGCCAGUUGCGGCAGUUGCACGUGAGGUAGAUGAUUUCACGAAGUACUCCGGCUAUGUUUUUGAGCUGAAUCCGUCGGAGGAUGAUUCUCUUACGGAGUACAACAUCGUGAAAAUUGCUGCGUUUUAUCAGAAGAAACCGUUGAUUGUACUUCGUAGGCUUGUCCAAAUCGGUUCUACUCUGGGCAAGUGGUUCGCCGUCAGGUACCUGGAUACUGUUAAUGAACGCGCCGAUGAGAUGUUCAAAAUUAGAGCCGCAGAAUUGAGGAAGAUACUAUUACAGCUUGGUCCAGCAUAUGUUAAAAUUGCACAGGCUAUCUCAUCUCGACCAGAUUUGAUACCACCAUCGUACUUGGAUGAGCUAUCUCUGUUGCAAGAUCGGAUAACACCUUUUUCCUCUGAAGUAGCUUUUGGAAUUAUAGAGAAGGAGCUUGGCAUGCCAAUAGAUGUGAUGUUCUCUGAGAUCUCACCUGAGCCUGUUGCAGCAGCAUCACUUGGACAGGUCUAUCAAGCUAGGCUUCGUUCUACCGGGGAAGUUGUUGCUGUAAAGGUGCAAAGACCUGGAGUUCAAAGUGCAAUCUCCUUGGACAUAUUGAUUUUACGUUAUCUCUCAGGCUUAAUAAAGAAGGCAGGAAAACUUAAUACCGACCUUCAGGCAGUUGUUGAUGAGUGGGCCUCAAGUCUUUUUCGGGAGAUGGACUACAAACAAGAAGCACGGAAUGGAGUCAAAUUUCGGCAAUUGUAUGGUUCAAUACAGGAUGUUGUGGUUCCUGAAAUGAAUUUGGCACUGACAACCCGGAAAGUGCUCAUUAUGCAGUGGCUAGAGGGGCAAAAGCUGGCUGGGGUCAAGGAUCUUUAUUUGGUUGAGGUAGGGGUUUAUUGCUCAUUCAAUCAACUUCUAGAGUAUGGAUUCUAUCAUGCAGAUCCACAUCCCGGAAACCUUCUUCGUACUUAUGAUGGGAAGCUAGCCUACUUAGAUUUCGGUAUGAUGGGUGAAUUCAAACAAGAAUAUCGUGAUGGUUUCAUUGAAGCAUGUCUCCAUCUAGUGAAUCGUGAUUACAGUGCAUUGGCCAAGGAUUUUGUCACUCUUGGGCUUAUUCCGCCCACAAGUGACAAAGCUGCAGUUACAGAAGCUCUAACAGGUGUUUUUCGGGAUGCUGUAGCCAAAGGAGUCCGCAAUGUGAGUUUUGGGGAUCUUCUCGGAGAUCUGGGAUUCACCAUGUACAAAUUUAAGUUUCAAAUACCUUCUUAUUUCUCUCUUGUCAUCCGAAGCCUUGCUGUGUUGGAAGGCAUUGCUAUUGGCAUCAACCCAGAAUACAAAGUUCUGGGCAGUACAUACCCAUGGAUUGCUAGAAAAGUACUAACUGACAGCUCACCGAAACUGAAAGCUUCUUUAAGAGCACUUCUUUAUAAGGAUGGUCAGUUCAGGAUUGAUCGACUAGAGUCUCUCUUAUCAGAGUCUCUCCGUGCCAAGACAGAAAGAACCCUGAUAGAGAAUCAAAAUGGCGGGACUGAUUCGAAGGUCGUUAUCAAGCAAAUUCUUUCUUUUACACUGGAUGAUAAGGGUGCCUUUGUCAGAGAAAUUUUACUUGAAGAAUUUUCAAAGGGUAUGGUUGCACUUGGUGUUGCAACUCUCGAUUCAGUAACAAAUGCAGUUGCAACUUCGUUGCCGUUCUCUCCCUCCAGACCAUCUUCAAUGACUGAUGAAGAUAUUACUAAUCUUAGAAAUUUGCAACGUCUAUUACUGUUGAUAUCAGGACUACAAGAAAACGAGAACCCCAGCAUGAAGGUUAAUGGAGUUAGAACAUCCAACAAGCAGAUGAUAUCUUUGAAUGGAGCACCUGUAGCCCUUCAGCAAUUUGAAGCUGUCCAAGAAUAUCUACCCCUCCUUUCAGUUCUACCUGAGCUUCCACAAGAGAUGCAACAACAGUUACUUCGCUUGCCUGCUGAUUUCGCUGGAAAGCUGGCUUCCCGAGUCGCUGCAAGGACGUUAAAGAGGGUAUUCUUGUGAAAUAUCUCAGCUUACCAUGGAAAAAGCAAGAUAUUCUAUAUUGGUCCUCCUCAAAGAACUUUUUGGUUUGUGGGGUUUUGCAAUUAUCUAAUCAAGCUUGCCAAUCCUAAAUGAAGAGAUCUUGGUUGAUUUUAUCUUAAAAGGCG